AUGGGCUCCCCAGGAGUGCAAACUGAGCAGAAGAAACCGACAGGAGAUAAUAGAAGGAGCAAUAAACCAAUAAUGGAGAAGCGUCGGCGGGCGCGUAUUAACAACUGCCUAAACGAACUCAAGGCGCUUAUUUUGGACGCAAUGAAGAAAGACCCAGCAAGACAUUCUAAGUUAGAAAAAGCAGACAUUUUGGAAAUGACCGUCAAACAUUUAGAAGGCCUUCGGUCUGAAGGAGCCGCGUCUCCGGAUAGAUUUAGUGCGGGAUACAGGCAUUGCGUUUCGGAAGUAGCCAAGUAUCCAGGACUAGAGCCGGGCCUAAAGAGGCGGCUUGUUAGACAUCUCGAGAGCUGCGUUAAUACACCAGGGUCGAGGCCAACUGGUGCGCCAACACCACCAUCUGAUAAUGAAGAUCCCGUUACACCGCCGCAACAUUCUACGAUUCUCAUCUCCGCUGGACCAGGAUCAGGUGUACGGCUCGUCCCCACAAAGCUUUCUAAUGGCGACAUCGCUUUGGUAUUACCAGCGUGGGUCAACGCAAGCACUCUCGGCACUGUGCCAAACCUCGUCCCUCUCUCGCCCCGUGAAGCUACUUCAUCAACUUCUUCAGAGCCACGUUGCUUCUCGCCAGAAAGUUCAGGGUGGGGAACACCACCUCCCUCAAAUGACGAAGCUGUACCAUUAGCUUUAAUAACAAGAAGACAGUCUCCAGAAGAAAAACCUUGGCGACCGUGGUGA